GCGGUCAUAAAAGAGCGACUAGGAGAAGUAACACUGUGCAGUGUACAGCAGUGGCGCGUCGACUCGUCAUACAGCUGUUAGCCUGACUCGGCGAACAUUUCUUUGGAAAAUCUGAUUGUUUUCUUUUUGUCGGUUUUUAUAAAUGGAACGUGCAGACGUAAUCAUGCAGAAGAGCUCUGGAGAAAAGAGCGACUCGUCCGCAAAAAGCCGAGCUGAGCUUCGAAGAAGAAAGCUGCUGGUGAAUUCGGAGGACAGAAUGAAGCGCAUCAUUGGGUUCAGUAAAAGCGAGGCGAAUGUCAGGAAUGCAGACAUGAACAUGGCUUCCACAAUUCCCCUGGAGCCUGUGAGAGACGAGCCGCUGUCGCUCCCCACUUCCACAAGAGUUCCUGUGUUCCCCAACGAAGCAGACCCGGGGGGAGACAGCAGCGGGGAGCUCCGGCAGAGACCCCGGGGGGAGGGCCCCUCGGACGCGGCCCCUCGCUCUCCACGCCGGGGGCUGCAGCAGUACCUGUCCCGCUUCGACGAGGCCAUGAAGCUGCGCAGCCAGCUGGUCAGCGAGGAGCCCAGGCAGGAGGAUGGCUCGGGGGCCGAGCAGCUGGACGCCUUCCGCGUGUUCAGACUGGCCGGGAGUGUGCUGCUGGCACUCGCUGUCAGAGCCUUCGUGUGCAAGUAUCUGUCCAUAUUUGCUCCGUUUCUGACUCUUCAGUUGGCGUAUAUGGGCCUGUACAAAUAUUUUCCAAAGGGUGAGAAGAAGAUGAAAAGGACCGUGCUCACUGCUGCCCUGCUGCUGUCGGGCAUCCCUGCAGAAGUGAUCAGGCGCUCCAUGGAAACCUACAACAGGAUGGGAGACGUGUUCACUGAUCUCAGCGUGUACUUCUUCACCUUCAUCCUCUGCCAUGAAGUCCUGGGCCUCCUGGGCUCAGAAAGCGCUUGAUCUGCCUCGUCUCUCCUGUGCAGUGCUGAGCCCACCCUGUGAGCUGUCUGCUCUACCCUGGGGUGUCAAAGGGCUUCCUUUCACAGGAAUGACAGGCUUCUAGUUGUGUGCUCAAUCCCACUUCGCUCUGAGCCCCAGUAACAGCUCACCCCUUCCUGCACAGGCUGGUGUCCUGGAUGGCUGGACUAGUCCAUGUUACUCGGCUGUUGUUUUUUGUUCAGGAAGUUGUCCUUUAGUUGGUGAUGGGUAAUGUUUUCAAUGGUCCAGUCUCGCCAGUGUUUUCAUGUUUGAAUGAGUCUCUCUUGAAACUCAGAGGCAGGAUGGGGUGGCUUCACUUCACUGGUUUGUUAGUGGGAUUCAGUUUAUUCCUUGCAGACUGAUACACCUGCGCACCACGGUGUAGCAUUCUAGAGCAGUAGAGUGGAGCUGUCAGAAGAUAAGAGGCAUGCUUACCUGAGUGAUGAUGGGGCAUCACUUGCUCAUCUGAAAGUCAUUGGCACCGGUUUCAACAAAACAGAUCCCAUCCACGCAUUAACACCAUUACAGUGUCAGGACUGGACUUGGUUCGUUAGCUCUGACAUAGACAAUAGGGAGGGUAGCAAGUGAAGCGCAGUUGGAUGCUAGUUCCAUUGUCAGACAGAGCGAUGAGAGAAUGUAGGAUUCUUGUUCAGUUUGAAGGUACAGUAUAAUUGGAUGCUCGUUCCAUUGUCAGACAGAGUGAUGAGAGAAUGUAGGAUUCUUGUUCAGUUUGAAGGUACAGUGUAAGAUAAGGUUAAUGGAGGGUCCACUCUGUCCCAUUGCCAUUGGGCUCCACAUGCUUGCUGUUACACUUGUCCAGAUGGGGGCGAUGUUGCUACUCCAGGUCAGUCUGAAAGCACUUCAGUGUAGUGAGCUCUCGACAUGUAACCCUUCUAACCCUUACACUGUCACUCCUUGUGUUGCUGGCAUGCCAUUGAAUUGUCCAAGCCUAAUGCUGACUGUGUAAUGCAUGAUUUCUGUGUAAGUACACUACAGGCAUUUCAUUGUUGGGAAUAUUGUAAGCUUUUAAACAUUUCUGUGUUGUAGUCUGUGAAGUGUCUUCUGUAUCUUUCUACCCCAGUUUGUAUCCAAUGAAUCCCUGUAAUAAAACCAACACUUAAAACCUUU